UUCAACAGUCCGCUGCAGUAGCACAGAGGCAAGACCAUCGAUCUCUCUCCCUUCUCGAGUGAUGCCCUAAAAAGCUGGCACAGCCCUCAAACAUAUACAAUCUCUACCUAGCCGUCAUGAAGCUCACGUACUUCCUUCUCCCCGCCCUGGCGCUCUCCGCCGCUAUCCAAGAGAGAACGCCCUCGGAGUCGGACCUGACUCUUCACACACACGACGCCCGAGCCGCCACGCUCUGCGGCUCUGGAUACACGUUGGAUAAGGCCGUUCCCCUGCCUAAAGGCGUGGACCCGGACAAGCGCAAGGCAACGCUCUUUGCUUACAGCAACAAUGGAAAAGGCUGCGUCUUCCUCGACAACAACGUCGGAAAGAAGCAGUACAUGUCCAUCAAGGUAUGCAAAGUCGGGGGUAAAAACUGCGACAGCGACACUGGCUCCUUUAGCCAAUACGCGGGGCCUGUCUAUGUGUCAAGCUUUGCUUGUGCGCCGGUUACCGCGAAGAUGGGCUCUUCGUCGAGCAAUUUGUAUGUGAACUAUAAGAAUGACUAUGUUUUCCCUUGUAAUUAAAGGGGGUCUGUUGAAUUGGAAUAAAAGACACGACGGACUUAUAAGUUGAAGAUAUCUACAAGACAUUAUUUAGUAUAAGUGCAAUACAGAAUUAGUUCCCGGUCGCACGAGGCUCUUGUACCUCCGAAGCCAUUGGCAUUUA